AAUAAGAGUCUGGCCACCUUGUCCCGCAUUUUGAUUGGUCCGCCAUUUAUGCGUGCUUCGGCGAACUUCGGAAGAAUUCGUGCGUUCUCGUUCACUCACUCAGUUGAGAUCGCACAUCGCGCAAAUAUCAUCGUGUAUUCAUCGUGUGUUUUAACCUUUCGCCCAUUGUCAUCGUGAAGCCACGUGUUGAAGCCUUUUGUCAGUGCUGGUAAAUUCAUAUUUUUGAUAAUUUAAAUAUCAUGAUUUGGUGCUCAGCCCCAUUUUGCAACAAUUCUACCGCCAAAGGCUAUAUUUGUAAAACAUUUCCGAAAAACCCUGAACGUCGGGCACAAUGGGUUGCAAAUAUGAAUGUGAAGAACUGGAUACCAACUGACCGCUCAUAUUUAUGCGAGGUGCAUUUUUCUCCAGAAAUGUGGGAGCGAAGGAGUGAUAAAAAACCGAAGUUAAAACCAAACGCAGUGCCAACAAUUUUUGGAUACUGGCUUACAGAGAAAACUGCAUUUAGACAGACUGAAGAUGAGUUACCUUUAACAAAUUCAACGCAAAAUGAACAAAAUUUUGCUGAAUCAGUCUUGAAUGAAGAACAAAAUGUUACAGACCAAGAGCACCAAACUGCUGCUAAGCAAGAGAGGAAAAAAAAAUUAGAAAAAGCUCUUGACAUUCAAACCAAGCGUCUUUUAAGGAUUCAGAGACAAUCAAAAGCACUGAAAGAUAUGGUGCGUCGAUUGAAAUAUGUUAUAAGUCAAGACAAAUACAGGACAGCUUUGAAAAUGGUAUUUAAUGAGGACCAAAUUAAAGCUCUAUGUAACAAACGGAGAACUGUAAAGAAUUGGUCCAAUAAGACCGUUGAACGUGCCCUGCAAUUGAAAUUCAUCUGUGGUACCAGCGGAUAUGAAGAGCUCCUCCGACAAAACAUGCCAUUUCCGAGUAUGCGUACAUUAAGACGAAAAUUAGAAAACCUUAAAUUUGAGAGUGGUAUUUCAAAGGAAAUGUUAGAUUUUCUGAAAUUGAAAGUACCUAAUUUAGAAAAUGAUACUGCUCGGGGGGCGGUAGAGCCGUACCCGGAUUUGCGAUAA